AAUUUUCGACGUUCCCGUCAUCUCGACGGGUUAAAACAGUUUUACAACUAGAGUUUCACAAUACUGGCGACAGAAGAGCAUGGACGCUGCUUCAGAUGCAGUCUUUUUCCCUGCUGGUCGCACACCUGCCAAUAACCCAUUACUGGACCAGUUACCCAGUUACCAGUCACUGCUGUACCGACGCAAGCCCUCUGCCAGCGGCAGCACAAAGAGACGGAACAGCUCUCGUGGGCGCUUUGGGUCUUUGUCGUCCAGUCUGAAAUGGAGUCUGGGAAAGGAGGGGAAAGAGAGACCAGUCGUCACACAGAGGCCUGUCCGAGAGCUGCCCAAGAGCAUGGACAACAAACGCAAGGACAGGGCACAGAGAAUGCAGCAUGACAGACAGUUAGCUGGCUGGGCCCAGUGGAGAAGCAGCUCUGUCCGCACUUUACGCAGACUCAGAGAAGAGUGUGUGGAGGGCCUGAGAAGGCUCCAGCUUUGGAGAGGAGAAAUCCAUGUCAUCGAGGGAAUGUUUGGGACUGGCAUUUUGUCCUAUUUCUCGUUCCUGCGGUUUUUGGUGCUGCUGAACUUUGUCAUAUUCCUGCUCAUGUUCUCCUUUGUCAUCCUCCCGAUCAUCGCUGCGCCGCAUGUGUCCGGGAACACCAGUUUAAACCGCGCUGACGGUAAUGAAUGCAACCAGUACCCACCCACUUCCCCUCGCGGCCUUGUUCUCUUUCACCAACACAUAACGGACUUGCUCUCCGGAACGGGUUUCCUGGAGAGAACCUACCUUUUCUAUGGCUACUAUAAGGUGGAGACCAUCCAUUUCCACAAAUACACGUACAACCUCCCACUGGCCUACCUGCUAGUCACUGUCACCUACCUGUUUCUGAGCCUUGUUUGGAUUGUUAAAAGGUCUGCCACAGGCUUCAAGCGUAAGCUGGUUCAGGAUGAAGAUCGUUUCCAGAGUUUCUGUAACAAGAUUUUUGCAGGCUGGGAUUUCUGCGUAACCAAUGAGAACGCAGCCCGACUGAAGAGAAGCAGCCUCCUGUAUGAGCUAAAGACGGAUUUAGAGGAGGAGCGUAUUAAGCAGAAGAUGGCUGAGCGCAGUCAGAAGGAGAAAUGCAGGAUCUACAUGUUUCGACUGGCCCUCAAUGUGUUUGUACUGGCAGUGCUGGCAGGGUGUUUCUACAGCAUUUACAGAGCGACGGUUUACUCCCAGGAAGCACAGAUGAGGCCACCCACCAACUUUAUCGUUGACCUGAUCUACGAAUACCUGCCUUCCAUCGUCAUCACCUUAGCCAACUUCAUUACCCCUCUAAUCUUCACUUUCAUCAUCACAUUUGAAGACUACUCUCCCGCCUUUGAGAUCCGCUUCACACUCAUGAGGUGUGUGUUCAUGCGUUUAGCUAGCAUCGGUGUACUGCUCUUCUCCCUCUGGUCUCAGGUCACCUGCCCCGAGACCAACUGUCCCUGUGGAUACAACCAUGAACAGUAUCCUUGCUGGGAAACUCAUGUGGGCCAGGAGAUGUAUAAGCUAUUGAUCUUUGACUUCAUCAUCAUUGGAGCUGUCACUAUUUUUGUGGAAUUUCCCAGGAAGAUCAUCGUGAAGUAUUGUGACUGUGGUUUGGCUAAAUGGUGGGGUCAGCAGGAGUUCGCCAUCCCACAGAAUGUUCUGGAAAUUGUGUACGGCCAAACCAUCUGCUGGAUCGGUACCUUCUACUGCCCCCUGCUGCCUGCGAUCAACACUAUUAAAUACUUCCUGGUCUUCUACAUCAAAAAGGUGUCACUGGUGAAUAAUUGUCGUCCGGCCACACGACCGUUCCGAGCCUCCAGUUCCCAUUUUUUUUUCCUGGCCGUGCUGCUGAUUGGUCUUGCUCUGGCCUGUGUUCCUGUUACCGUCAGCAUUGCCCAGAUCCACUCUUCUCACUCGUGUGGUCCGUUUGUGAGAUACAACACGUCUUGGGAGGCUGUACCCCACGCAGUUUCUCAGCUGCCGCAAGGCCUCCAGGCCUUCCUGUUUGCCCUGUCCUCUGAGGCCUUCGCAGUUCUGUUCUUUGUCAUUACCUGCCUGGCAAUGUUUUAUGUGAUUGCGUUGGCUGGAGCUCAUAAGCGUGUCAUAAGCCAGCUCAGAGACCAACUGGCUAUGGAGGGUCGUGACAAACGGUUCCUCAUCCAGAAGCUAUGCCAGGCUCAGGGAAGCUUGGCUGGUGCGUCGUCAAGGCUACACCGGACGACAUACUCACAGUCAGAUGUUGGGGGUUACCGUGGCAACCAUCAGCCAGCCAGCACAUCAUCAUCGGAGGUGUGUGUUGUUCAGGCUCCGCCUGUGUUUGAGACUCAGGCCUGACACACACACACACACACACACACACACACACACAAAACGUCUAGAUUCAUCUAUCCACUGAUCUAAUAAAGACUACAGACAUAAUCUGACAUAGGAAAGGUUUCAUAGCCACUGAUCUAACAGUAUUUAUGCAUAUGAAAAGACGUCGUAAAGUAAAGUUUCAGUCCUGUUGCUGUCCUCUCUGUGUGUGCACCUGAACAGUGACAGGAGAGAAAACAAGAGGAUGAUACACAAGAAUAUUCAGUGUUUUCCAUGCGAUGUGUGUUUUUUAGUGUUAUGUAAAUUAAUAAUCUUUCUUCUUUCUCCUGACAAAUCUGAUUGUUACCUGUGCUCUGAAGUUGUCAUAUCAGUGUAACCUGUGUGCUGACAGAGAGAGUUUGCAUAUCAAUACUCAUACUGCGUAUUAGUAUUACUUGUGUUGUUAUUGGUGGAUUUGCCUCAUUCAUUUGAACAUUAACUGUGUGCUGAUUGGUGAACUUGCCUUAUAAAUAUGAUCAUUGCCUGUGUUCUGAUUGGUGGAUUUGCUUUAUCCAUAUGAACUUGGUAGUGGUUGCGGAAAGGGUGAACCAGUGCU